AUGUCAUCGCAGGUUGUCCGCAUCGUUGGGGUCGGCCAAACGCCCCUGGGAAGACUCGGGAAGUCCGCCUCUGUGCUUGCCGUUGAGGCCCUCCGUGCGGCCCUCAGGGACGCCAACAUGGAGAUGCGUGAUUUGGACGGCCUUGUGGCAGUUCCGUCGCUGGCGUCUCCCCAGUUUAUGCAGGCGCAUCAUCUCGCGACCGUCUCCGGUCUUGUUCGGGAGAACAAGGAGCUGGUCCUGCGCACCAUUGACACGGGCGGCGCUGGCCCCAUUACAGCGCUGGGCACCGCUGGCAACUUCAUUCGGAACGGCUGGGCACACAACGUCGCCAUCGUUGCGUCGGACACCGUAUUGAGCCUCUGUGGAAGCACAUUUGCUGAGCGUUCCAACGCCAGUGUGGCAGGUAGUGACCUCGCGAAGCCAUGCAUACCGCAUGGAUACGAUCGGUGUGCCCAGUGGUACAUGCAGCACUACGGUCUCAAACGAGAGCAACUCGCGAUGGUGCCGGUGCUGAUGAGUUGCAUGGCGGCGCGACAUCCGGACGCCAUGUGUCGUGCGCCCUACACCUUGGAUGCCGUACUGCGCUCCCGUCAGAUCGCCCCCGUCACUAACUUGCUAGAAUGUGCGCGGCGUGCGGAUGGCGGCGUGGCGCUCAUCCUCUCCAGCGAGGCGCACUACGCCCGCUACUUUGCACGGCACAAGUUAGAUCGGUCAAAGCCUGUCGUCGUGAGUGUUGGUGAAGCCUCCGGUUCACUCUUUCCCCCUGCCAUUGAAGACAUCACGCCUGAGUUCUUCUCCUGCAAACGUGCUGUCAAAUUGGCCCUGGACACCGCACAGUUGGGCCUGAAAGACAUUGAAUUUUUUGGUCUCUACGACUGCUUUCCUAUUUGCCUGCUGCACGCGAUAGAGGCGGUGGGUCUCUGCCCGAUUGGGAAGGGUGGGGAGUUUGUGGAAGCCGCGUACAAUGAAAUGAUGAAAACCCCCGGCGUCAUUGACCCUUCCCGGUUUCGCAUCAACACACACGGCGGGCUGCAGUGCUUCGGUGCCCCGUGGGAGGUUCCCGCGAUGUACAACGUCACGGAGGCCAUCGAGCAAAUAGCAUGCACCGCUGGCGGUCGACAAAUCUGGCCGCCGCCGAAGCGAGCCAUUGUGUACGGAAACGGGGGCAUCUUCUCCGCCUCCUCCGUCGCAGUGCUCGGAAACGGAACGUACUAA